AUGGCGCUGCGGAGGCAGGAGCAGGCGCUGGCCGAGGAGAAGGGGCCCCUGGGGGAAGACGACGACGAGGAGGGCGGCGGCGGAGGAGGAGGAGGAGGAGGACGAGGCAGCCGGGAGGGCGGCGGGGCGGCUGCCGCCGGCGCGGCGGGGGCUGCCGGGGGCCCGCCGGGGCCCGCGGCGCCGGGCUUCACGCCGCCCGACGGCGGCUUCGGCUGGGUGGUGGUGCUGGCCGCCACCUGGUGCAACGGCUCCAUCUUCGGCAUCCAUAACUCCUUCGGGAUGCUCUACGAGCUGCUGCAGAACGACGUCGGAGACCCCGAGACGGACCCCACGCUGAAGUACAAGACCGCCUUGGUCGGCUCCAUUGGAAUGGGGAUGGUUUUCCUCUGCUCUCCCAUCGUGAGCAUCUUCACGGACAGAAUCGGCUGCAGGACGACGGCCGCCUCAGGAGCAGCCAUCGCCUUCAUCGGACUCUUCUCCAGCUCCUUCACCAAGUCCCUUGAAGUCCGUUAUUUCACGUACGGAGUCCUCUUUGGGUGUGGCAGUUCCUUUGCCUUCCAGCCUUCGUUGGUUAUCCUCGGGCAUUACUUCAAACACCGCCUGGGCUUGGCAAACGGCCUGGUGACUGCCGGCAGCUGCCUCUUCUCCAUGUGCCUGCCUUUCCUCCUGAAGGUCAUCGGCCCAGCCAUCGGGCUGGCCCACACAUUCCAAGUCCUCAGCGCAUUUAUGCUCGUCCAGAUCUUCUUGUCUCUGACUUUCCGCCCCAUGUUCCCAUGUACCUCUGACCCUCACGACUUGGAUCACAUGAAACUGGACGGACGAAGCUGGAGGCAACAGUACAUGUCCCAGAUGCGGAAAUAUUUCAACAUGAGGGUCUUCAGGAAAAAGACCUACCGAGUUUGGGCUUUUGGGAUAGCAACUGCCAUUCUGGGAUACUUUGUACCUUACGUGUAUCUGGUGCAGUAUGUGAAAGAGAAGUUCAAGGAAAACGACAGGGCCUGGAUCGUGCUCGUUUGCCUGGGAGCCAUGUCAGGGGUUGGGCGCUUGGCCUCAGGACCGAUCGGGGACCUCAUCCACGGGCUGAAGAAGAUUUACUUACAGGUUGCCUCCUUCAUCGUCUUGGGUAUCAUGUGCAUGAUGCUCCCACAAUGCCAAGGGUUUUGGGGGGUCAUUGUCGUCUGCCUCUUCCUUGGCCUCUGUGAUGGACUCUUCAUAACCAUCAUGGCUCCCAUCGCUUUUGAGCUGGUUGGGCCCAUGCAGGCUUCUCAAGCCAUUGGUUAUCUCCUGGGGCUGAUGGCCAUCCCAAUGACAGCAGGCCCACCAAUCGCAGGAUUACUCCGUGACCAUUUUGGGAAUUACCACUUCGCCUUCUACUUUGCUGGAGUCCCUCCCAUAGUUGGGGGUCUGGUUCUGGCUGUUGUUCCUCUGAUCCAUCAAAGACAGCUCAGGCAGAAGCGGCUGGUUUUUGGAAAAGACAAGAUGUUGGUUUCAGAGACCAUGAUGAACGGGGAGCUCCUUCCGGGCUCUCCGGUCACGGAGGCACACAUCUAAAGCCAUCCUUCCAAUUUCCUGGUGCCCGGCACAUGCACUGUCAUCACCAGCAUUUUCUGGCACUUUCUGAGCUCAGCCUGUUCUGAAGAGGAAUUGAGCCUCUUCAACUCUAGGUGGUGAGUGCCAUAUUGGUAAAGUAAGAACAAUUCUGACCGGACAGUUUGCUUUCAAGUUGGUGAUGGCUCUUGCCUACAGAGAGGAUUCUAAUAGCACUCUAAUUCGUUUUCCCUGCUGCAAUUUUUCAAGUUGGCACAGCAGUUUUUAAUAGAUUGCAUUGGUUGAGUUCCCCAACCCCAGCCUGCACCCAUCCCAACCGCCAAAGGUCUGAUCCUGUGGCCAUGCUGAGACGUAUUGCCUUGACAGUGGCGCUCCUUUGGGAGUUGACUUUGUAGCAGCCAAAUUCUCAGAGGUGGAGUUGAACCACUCGCGGAGACGAACGAAAACCAGCCAUGCGCGUGGAUUCGAAAUCCUUUUGCAAACAGUGUUCCCUUCUCCACUUCUUUCCACCCUACCAUCCUGACUCCUUUGACCCUGCCUCUGAAACUGUGAUGGAGCACUUGGUUUGCCUAUCAAGCCCCAUUGGGUGAUUUUUUUCAUCACCUGGUUUUCCAUAUAUCAAAUGUAUCUCAAAAGGAAAGAUGGUCUUGCUUUUCCUACUCUGAUUUAACAGACCUUGUUGGAGAGGUUGCUUCUCACAAGUCCUGAGGUGUGGUGUUCCAAUAUUUUCAGAACCUCCAUCCUUUGUUUGAGGGUGUUUCAUCACAAAGGAUGUAAUUUGCAACUCCGGAAGCAAGUGGAGGAUCCGACUCUCUUAAUAGUACCUUCAGUUUGACAAAAGCGUGUUUUAUCUAUCUCCAGUACCUUAUUACGUUCCAAGACCUCCUUCCGAUGUGGAAUUUUCAUAAGGGGCCAGAGUUAGGGUGACCUGUCAUUAGAAUUCAUGCGCUUGGAUUCUGCUGGCAUUGAAGCUUUAAAGAGGGUUGGCAGUGGAAAUGGACAUUUAUCUGAGACAUCUUUGACCCGAAUUGUCGAAUCCUCGUGUUUGCAUCAACACUUGGGAUCGCCUUUCCGAUCCAGAAUCUGCAGUCCUUGUGUGGAAAUGUGUUCCGGCAUGUGGAGAAGCUGCACCAGAUGCUCAAAAGCCUACCGCAAGAGGCUGAACUAUGUGCGGCUCUUGGUUGGCCUUUCCCCCGCCCCUUGGAAACGUAACCCUCAGCAACCAAGACACAGGCUCUGUGCCUUGCUGGGUCCAGUAGUGCACACAGCAGCAGCAGUGGUUAAUUGCAGAGGAGUGAUACCACCUGGGAAGAAGGGUUUCUUUAGUCCCCCUACAAAGGUAGCUGAGCUGUUGCACUGGGCUUCUUACGUCUCAGCCCUGUGUGUUGGUAUGAGAGAAACUGCAGGAGCUAGUCAGGCAUUUUCCCAAAAGAAAAGAGACGUUGCUUUAGGCCCGGGUGACAUUUCCUUUGGAGCUGUGCUGAGGCCUUUCGGUUUACCCAUCUUUGACCUCUCUGUCCGGUAUAGGGCUGGGCUGGGCAAAAGGUAGAUCUAGAGCUACUGCUAGAUUUCUGGGUGAUUUGCAGGAAUCAGCAAGGAUUUUCAACACACACAAAUUUAACAAUAACAGCAGCAAAAUUACUCUUCCUCUGCCUGCCCCUCUCCCCAUCAUCAUUUUACAGAAAUGAAGACAGCUUGUGGUAUAAGCAGCAAAAUGCCACCCACUGGGGUUAUAAACGACUCUCAGAUACUGUUGGUAGGGUGGGGGCAGGGGGUCCCUGGGUGAAAGAAAAUGCUGACUCCUUCCCACAUCUGAUUCGGAAGCUCUUUGCCUAAUCUGUUUUCAUGUUGCAGUGACGUUAUAACAGGUGAGGCCUGGUAGAGUCUUCCAAAUAUCUGGCUGGACAUCUUCCCUGGUUCCUUGCCGGUCAACUCUGCUAUUCUAUGAUUCUAUGCCCCAUGGACUUGGACAGCAUCAGGGAAAGAUGCCCUACUAACAUCUCCCUUAGAUGGGCUUGUAGAUGGGAGGAUCACAUGACUGAAUGCUUCUCCAUCCAUAUAAAAUAUCCCUGCAGAUAGAAAUCUAGCAUGUCGAGGAAAGAUGGGUCCUGGCCUGGCCUUCUCCCUGCCCUGUUUUCUACAUUUGGGGAUUGCUUUUUUACUUUUUAUUUUUUAUUACAGAGCAGCAUUCAAUCAUGUAA